AUGACUCGAUCAGAUUCAGUCGCACACGAUCACUACCAAAUCCUCAAUCUCCCUUUCACAGGGACACCGACUGCUCUCUCCAAACAGCAGCUCAAAAUCGCAUACCACAAGGCGCUGUUGAAACAUCAUCCGGACAAGGCCCCAGGAGCGGACACCCCCUCCGCCUACAAUGGCGAUGGCAAUUCGCAAACCUCUUCCUACACAGUCGACCAAAUCACAACCGCUUACAAGACUCUGUCGGAUCCCUCCCUACGCGCCGAAUACGAUCGAUCCCUCCGUUUAGAUCGGGCGAAGGUUGCUGAGCGGGAGAAGACCGGGACGGUUUUUCAUACGGGUUUGGAGGUUGUGGAUUUGGAGGAUCUUGCGCUCGAUGAAAGUGCCGAGGGAGAAAGCGGAGAUGCAGAGGCUUACUGGUACCGGGCCUGUCGAUGCGGUGAUGACAAGGGCUUCCUGGUUACAGAGCAGGACUUGGAGCGAGAGGCGGAACAUGGAGAAAUUGUCAUUGGGUGUCGUGGUUGCAGCUUAUGGAUGAAGAUUCUAUUUGCGGUGGAGGAUGAAGACGCCGGCGAUGAUGCUGAGCAGGGCAAGACUUGA